AUGUUAUCAAGAAUUAAGCAAUUUGAGGAUAGUUUAUUCGCAAUAAAAAAUCAGUUUCGGAAGUUGCAACAAGAUUUAGUUUUAAAAGAAGAUUAUAUCAAAUUUCUUGAGAAGGAGAUAUUGAUUUGUAAUGAGGAACUAGAUCCAUUGCAUCAACAAAUAUCUGAUAUUAAAUCUCAGUUGAAAAAAGUACUUCAGACUUCUAUAAGUCAAGAGAAAUAUAUAGAUUACUUAGAAGAGCAGUUAGUAGUUUUUCAAGAAAAUAUCGAUACACUCGAUGAAAAGAUCAAAAUUAUUUCUUCGAAAAGAAACUCACCAGAUCCAUAUACUCAAUCUUUAGAAGAGCAAGACAUUAAUAUGGCAAAUCUCGACCCUAUUAUACAAAUUGAUUGA